AGUAGGUAGAGUUUUGCCCGAGACCCCGGAAGCGACGGCUUCUAGUGUUUGCUAAGGCUUCUGGGUUUUUUUUGUUUUGUUUUGUUUUGUUUUGUUCUGUUUUUUUUUGUUUUUUUUGUUGUUGUUGCGGCUUCUGACUCCGGCUUUGGGAUGGGUUGCGACGGAGGCACAAUCCCCAAGAGGCACGAGCUGGUGAAGGGGCCGAAGAAGGUCGAGAAGGUUGACAAAGAUGCUGAACUGGUAGCCAGGUGGAACUACUGUACUCUGAGUCAGGAGAUCCUGAGGCGCCCAAUAGUUGCCUGUGAGCUUGGCAGACUGUACAACAAAGACGCUGUCAUCGAGUUUCUGUUGGACAAGUCUGCUGAGAAGGCCCUAGGGAAGGCGGCAUCGCACAUCAGAAGCAUCAAGAACGUGACAGAGCUCAGGCUUUCCGACAACCCCGCCUGGGAAGGAGACAAAGGGAACACCAAGGGUGACAAGCAUGACGACCUGCAGCGCGCGCGCUUCAUCUGCCCUGUGGUGGGCCUAGAGAUGAACGGCCGGCACAGGUUUUGCUUCCUCCGAUGCUGCGGAUGUGUGUUUUCUGAACGCGCCUUGAAGGAGAUAAAAGCUGAAGUUUGCCACACAUGUGGCGCAGCCUUCCAGGAGGAGGACAUCAUUGUGCUCAAUGGCACCAAGGAGGAUGUGGAGAUGCUGAAGAAGAGGAUGGAGGAGAGGAGGCUGAGGGCCAAGCUGGAGAAGAAAAAGAAACCCAGGACAGCCGAGUGUGCUUCAAGGCCGGGCAUCGCACAAGACUCUGCAGGGCCAUCAAAGGGGAAGGCUGACAAGCCUGAGGCGGACCCUGACCCCAGAGAGAAGAGAAGCGCCUCGGCUCCCAAGGGCUCAGCAGCUAACGGGAGUGCUUCUGGGAAAGCUGGCAAGCCCCCGUGCGGGGCCCUGAAGAGGUCCAUCGCAGACAGCCAGGAGUCCGAGACCUACAAGUCCAUCUUCACCAGCCACAGCUCUGCCAAGCGCUCCAAGGAGGAGUCUGCGCACUGGGUCACCCACACAUCCUACUGCUUCUGAAGCGGGCCGGGCCCCACCCCGGACUUCCCCGGGCCACUGUGCCACACUUGCUGGGUGUGGCUCUGUGCUAUAAAGCUGUCCUCUGCAAUCCUCGACCGGCGUGGUCACUGGCUGUGAGAUCCUGUGGGUCCUGGGCGUGAGCAGUGGCUGUGACGACCUAGCAGCCUGUCCACAGGCCGGGGCUCUCGCUUAGCCUGGUGCCUCUGCUGCUUCUGUUAGGUGACAGACUCCGCUCCUCAGUGUGCACUCAGAUCAUUUUCUGAAAUCUUAAUGGUCAGGGGAACUGCCCUGGACUCAGGGACAGGCUUCCAGCAGCCUUAGACCUUGUUCCUCACAGGGUUUUCUUGCCUGAUACAAAGACGGCAGAGAGGAAACACGCCUGACUGCUGCUACAAGCUGUCGCCCUUUUCUCUCUUCCUUCUCCCUCUCCCUCCAGUGUCUUGGUGAGAGCAGCAGCCACGUGGGCAACAGCGGCUCCUUUUCCAUCCCUAGUUAAAACUGGAACUUCUGCGACCCUUCAUGGGCUGUGACAGAUUGGCCUCUGUAGACUGGUUCCAAAACCCUGCUUCUGGGCUGGGCAGAGGGCUCACUCAGCCGAUAAGCAGUCGCUGUGGGCACUUGUGGACCAGGGUCUGGAUCCCAGAACCUUUAUAAAGCCCAGUGAGCGCAGCAGCUGGCCUAUGACCCCAGCCCCUGUAAGGUGCUGAGUUCAGGGUUUGAGGAGAGCCUGCCCCAGAUACCAGCUGGGGUGCCGUGGAGAGAUUCCAGGGUCAGCCUCCGGCCUCCACACAUGCCCACAAACUUGCAAACACUUAAAGCCCCUGUUCCAAACCAACAUGGUGGCACGUCUGUAAUCCAAGCCGUCAGAAGACUGAGGCAGGAAGACCACCAAGAUAUCAGAGCUGGCAAAGUUGCAUAGCAAGACCUCACCUCAGCAAACAACCAGGAGAGCACCUGCUCCCGCUGCCCGCUGGUUUCCUGCUUGCAGGCCAUGAGGCUUGGCCCAGUACACUUGCGUGUGUUCUGGGGCAGUGUGGCCACUGGGGAGUGUGCAGCAGGACAGAGUGAGCACUGGCAGGAGAGCCUGCCAGGGCCUUUGUACUCAGAAAAGUGAAAUAAAGGUGGUAGAAAUGUC